AUGCAGACACCUCAUCCUCGUCCAGAGAUACGGAAACAUCAUGUUGACGGGCACGCUGCUGCUCAAGGCCUGACCACAAAGCCGGUGGAAGAACGCGCUCAUUUGACCUUCUAUCCAGCCUACACGUUCAAAGCCUCUGCGACCUGGUCGAAAUGGGUGAAACUGACCUGUCUGGACAUCCACACCGUCUUGAACCGUCAUGAGAAGUAUUCGCAGGUCACUACCUCCCUCCUAGCCGUGGAAGGUAACAAGGACCCCCACGCAUCAUCACGACAGCGUGACCCGCCUUUACUGCUCUUCUACCUCAACCAUCCCAUCCAAUUUGUUCAGGUGAUCGGUGUGGUGGUCUCAUUGGAGGACUACUUCGACAAGUUCUGGCUUUUCAAAAUCGACGAUAGCAGCGGCGCAGUCAUUGAUGUAACAUGUCCCAAGCCAGAGAAGAAGAAGCAAGUCGAGCUGGUGGGCGCCGGACAAGACAACACGGAGGCUACUAGGCGGGUAACAGAGACUGCGAAACAAUCGCGCCCAAAUACAGAGCCAAAGCCGAAGAAGUCCCAUUCCAUCUUUGGAGAAGAUGGAGGAGAAGCCACCGAAGAUGAACAGCUCCAACACACUCUGUCCCUGCUCGAUAUUGGCACCACCGUCCAAGCCAAAGGUACACUCGCUACGUUCCGCUCAACACGCCAACUCUCCCUCCUGCGUCUGAACAUCCUCCCCACCACAACCCACGAACUGGCACUGAUCGCUUCGCGCACACAAUUUCUCUCCUCGACCCUUUCCAGGCCCUGGAUAUUGACGCGGGAAGAACAGAGGAAAUUGCGCGACGAGGCUCAGAACGAGAGGGACGACGACAUUCAGCGGGCCAGGAAGAGGAAGACACGCGAGGUCAAGAGAAGGGAGAGAGAGGAAAGACAUAGGCAAACCAUUGACAAGGAGUAUGAGAGGGAAGAGAUGCAGAGAAAGAAAGAGGCAGAGGAGGCCCGAGAAUGGGGAGAAGUGCUGAAAGGGGCUGGAAGGAAGAGGAAGCAAUCUUCUUGA